AAAUUGGUGACUAACAUUGUUUCAUCACCAGCUACUCCACUAUGGCGCCAAGGACCAACAAAGAAGCCAGUAUUGUGCAAUGCAUGUGGGACAAGAUAUAGACUUAGGGGAAAUCUUGACAACUAUUUUCCAAAGCAUUGUCCUCCAAAUGAACUCAGCUAUAGAAACAAUGAUUUCAGUGAAAAUUCAUCAACCAAUGUUUUAGAUUCAGAUGAUGAUGAAAAAGAUUUUUACCUACACAAGUCUAGAAUUCCUUCAAAGAAGCAUAAUCUGAAGUUUGUUUAUAAGAGGAAGACAUCAAUGGAGAAGUUUCAUGAACAACUUCUCAACGAGCUGAAAUAUGAGGAUAUCCCAGAUGAGUCAUCUCCAGAAGAAGUUUUGUUGUUUGAAAAUGUCAAUUGUUUCAUACCUUCAAAUGAAAUUGGGGUUGGAGCAAUUCUUCUUAAACAAGAUGGUAUUUCAAAGAAAUAAUUAUAU